AUGUGGCCUGGAAUUUCACAUCAACAACAAAGCAUGCCAAAAGCUGCUUUUGUCAGACCACCCUCUUUUCUUGUCUGUUGCAGCCUUGUAGUGUUUGCUUUCCUUUCAAUCAUCAUACAAUGUCUUGAAUUACAAAUCCCGAAAGAUGCCAAUAACAAACAUGCUUUCAAUCUUACGCAACAACAACAACAAUUGUUGAACUUUUCCAUUCCGGUAACUCCUCCAGCCAAUCUUUUCACUGUUGUGAAAUUUCCAGAAUUUAAUCUGAAUGGAAAGACCAAACUAGAUCUCGUUCUUGAAAAGACUCCAUACGGAACAAAAACUCUCUCACUCGAAGAAACUGUGUUCACAAAUGCACAAUUUGCGUAUGCAGGUCAAGAUAAUCGAGGAUGCCAUCAAUCGAGUGGUAAUUACUCCAUUUGGAGAACGGAAACGAUUGAUACUCAACAAACCAUUGAAUUUUUAAUGACGGAAUUACAAGAUCGAUUGUCAGGCAAAGUGUUUAGUUAUGGAGCGAGUGCCGAUGCCAUUAGUGCCUAUUUUCAACCUCGUGUGAAAUCUCCAUAUUUGGCUGGUCAAUGUUUGGUCGUAGGGACUGCCAAUGUUCACAAAUUUGUCUAUCAAAAUGGAGCCUUUCGUCAGCAAGACAUUUCCAUGUGGUUACAACAUUUAGCUCGUCAACCACAAAGUUUGCCCAUCAUUAUGGAGCAUGAAGGAAUGAGUGAGUUUUGGGAGAGUAAUACUUUACGAAGUGGUGAGAAUGUUACCUUUCCAUCACUGCACAUGGGUGGAUGGAAUGAUUUGUUCUUAGAUGGAACUAUGAAUGCCUUUAAAAUGUACAGAGCCAAUCGUCCCCAUGACACCUAUCUCAUCAUUGUUCCUACGGGUCAUUGUCAAAAAUCAGAAAUUUCAUACCCUGAACAAGAACUCAUGCUUCAUCCAGAAGUGUUUUGUCCCUAUCUUUUCAAAUAUUCCUCUCUGCCAUUUCUCGACAAGGUCACUCUGUAUAUCAUGGGACCCAAUAGUCUUCCAUCUUCGUAUGAACAUGGUAAUUAUUAUGUUACCUUGCCAGAUUUUCCAGAAACUGAACCUUUGCACUUGUAUCUCACUCCGAGUGGACAGUUAUCGCGAGACCAACCACCUCCCUCAAUGUCUUCCAAUCUGACCUAUUUGUACAAUCCUACCAAUCCAACACCAACCUUGGGUGGAAAUAACCUAUUCGUUGCAACGUGUGGUCCCUAUGAUCAGAGACCGAAUGAGGCUCGUCCCGAUAAUCUCAUCUUUACCUCUGAGUUGUUUGAACAAAAUACUUUGCUGAUGGGAAGUAUGACUCUUUCAUUAAGGUUCUCCUCGAAUUGUACCGAUACAGAUGUUGUGGUACGAGUCUCGGAUGUGUAUCCAGAGCCAGACUCACGAUCCAUGUUAUUGAGUGAUUCCAUUGUGAGGAUGCGAUGGCGUCAUGGCGGCUCUGAGAAGAAGCUUCUCAUUCCCAAUGAAGUGUAUGAAUUGAAUAUUGAAUUGUGGCCAACAGCGUACCUGGUUCUUGCCAAGCAUCGACUUCGGGUGGCCAUUACGAGUUCGAAUUAUCCACGAUUUUCAGUCAAUCCCAAUAAUGGAAUGGAUUUGAGGCAUGAUCGAGUGUCGUCGUGGUCGUCGUCGAGUGUUCAUGGAACGAUGAGGAAUAGAAAUUUACAAGAGACCACUUCUCCCAAUGAGAAGGAAUGGCCCUUAAUUAAUGCUUUGAAUACUGUGCAUCUGGAUGGUAGUCAUCCCUCUGUAUUGACUCUCCCUCGAGUGAAGGACAUGAAUAUGAUACAACAAGCUCGACAACGAUUUGAGACUUUUCAUAAGCAAAAACUCGAGCAAUUAGUUACCUCCAUGAAGCUCCAGAAAUAA